AUGGCAGAAACGACUCCUGAUGCUUCUGAGAAACUGGUCGUCAUCCACUCCAAAGCUCACAAAGAUACCAUUCUAGCUAAUUUUGAAGAACAAAGGAAAAAGGAUUUUCUUUGUGACAUUACUCUAAUAGUGGAGAAUGUGCAAUUCAGAGCCCAUAAAGCUUUGCUUGCUGCCAGCAGUGAAUACUUCUCAAUGAUGUUUGUAGAUGAGGGUGAAAUAGGGCAGUCAAUUUACAUGUUGGAGGGAAUGGUUGCCGACACCUUUGGAGCACUCCUGGAAUUUAUCUACACUGGUUGCCUCCGUGCCAGUGAAAAAAGCACAGAACAAAUUCUGGCUACUGCACAGCUGCUGAAAGUGACUGACUUGGUUUGGGCCUGUACAGACUAUCAGGCCAGCCGUAGCCCAAGUAAUGCGUUACCGGCUCCAGCUAAUAGUGGAGCCUCUGUAGCCAUUAUUGCAAGUGACAAGAAAAACGACGAUCCACCAAAGCGAAAACGAGGGCGACCAAGGAAAGUCAAGAAUGUCCAAGAAGAAAAAUCAGGAGCAAAUUCUGCCGAAGAUGUGCAGCUGAGAGAGAACAACUCCAUGCAAAAUAAGCAAAAUUUUAUGAAAAAAGACACUGCAGCAGAAGAAACAGUUGCCAGCGAACAGGCUCCAACGAGGAAAGAUGCAGAAGAAAAUGAACCUGCUUGUGGCUCAGAAGCUGCUGUCGAUCUGUCAGCUGAGAAAGAUGAGAAUUAUGAUCCCAAAUCUGAAGGAAUACAGAGCACUCAGAGCCGGUAUAGCAAACGCAGAAUAAGGAGAUCAAUCAAACUAAAAGAUUAUAAACUCCUCGGUGAUGAGGAUGAAAAAGGACUGGCAAAGAGAACCGAUGGAAAAAGAAAACGUGCAGGUUCUGAAGCUCGCUGUAAAGACUGUGGCAAAGUAUUUAAAUAUAAUCACUUCUUAGCUAUUCAUCAGCGAAGUCAUACAGGGGAGCGCCCUUUUAAGUGCAGUGAAUGUGGCAAAGGCUUUUCCCAGAAGCAUUCUCUUCAAGUCCAUGAGCGGAUGCACACUGGAGAACGGCCGUACACGUGCACCAUCUGCAGCAAGGCUCUGACAACAAAGCAUUCUCUUCUGGAGCAUAUGAGCCUACAUACAGGGCAGAAGGCUUUUACAUGCGAUCAGUGUGGGAAAUACUUCAGCCAAAAGAGGCAGCUCAAGAGCCACUACCGAGUACACACAGGCCAUUCACUGCCGGAAUGUAACCAGUGUCGUCGCAAAUUCAUGGAUGCAGCUCAGUUAAAGAAACAUCUAAGAACACAUACAGGUGAGAAGCCCUUCACUUGUGAAAUUUGUGGCAAAUCAUUUACAGCUAAAAGUUCUCUUCAGACUCACAUUAGAAUUCACAGAGGAGAAAAGCCAUAUUCUUGUGGUAUAUGUGGAAAAUCCUUCUCUGAUUCCAGUGCUAAGAGAAGACACUGUAUCUUACACACAGGCAAAAAGCCUUUCUCUUGCCCAGAAUGUAGUUUGCAGUUUGCUCGUCUGGACAACCUGAAGUCUCAUUUGAAAAUUCAUAGCAAGGAAAAGCAGUUUCAGGAAGCCAGCGCUGCCCCAAGCACCCACACUAAUUCAGAAGAAGUGAGAAACAUUCUUCAGCUGCAGCAGUAUCAACUUGCCACCUCUGGAGGGCAGGAAAUUCAACUACUGGUUACAGAUGCAGUACAUAAUAUAAACUUCAUGCCUAGUCAUAAUCAAGGCAUUAGUAUUGUUACUGCAGAAAAUGCCCCAAAUAUGACAACAGAGCAGGCUGCUAACCUCACGCUCCUUGCUCAGCCACCACAGCAGUUGCAAAACUUGUUGCUUUCAGCUCAGCAGGAGCAAGCGGAACAAAUCCAAAGUAUCAAUAUGAUUGCAAACCAAAUAGAGACUGCCCAACCUGAACAAAUGCAUGUCAUCACUCUUUCCAAGGAAGCACUAGAACAUCUCCAUGCUCACCAAGGACAAAAUGAAGAAAUCCACUUAGCAGGAUCUUCACAUCCAGCUCAGCACGUGCAGCUGACUCAGGAGUCAAGUCAACAGUCUCACUCUAGCCAAGAUACGGUUCCUUCCCAUCAAAUCAGUGAAGAACAGAAUCAAAGUGUACAUGUUUCUGAAUCCCAUCAGCAGUCUCUGUCAGGAAAUGAGUCAUCUCAUGAGCAUCCUAUUCAAGGACAGGCUUUCUGAAAUGCUUAUUUAUCAUCAGAGGGCUAGGCUAUAGCAUGCUUCUCAUCCAAGCAGUGAUUACACAUAUCGCACUUUCUUUUCUGCGGCAUAAUCUAUCUGAAGAUGCAUUUCUUGGUGAUUUUGAUGGGUGACUUCCAGUUUUCUUAUUUAUUUUAGAAUUUUUUUAUUUUUCCAGAUUGGUAUUUCUCUACCACUUAGUCCAUACCUCACAAGUGAUUAAUGUGGUUUUUUGUGCCUCAUACACAUCCAUGCCUACUGAGGAGAUAUUUGGCCCCUUGUUUGCAUUUCUGUGUGACUGUCCAGAGAAGUGUACCUUGCUGGUAGAAGAACAAUGUUUAAGAUGUCAUCUGAUCAGAAAGUACGACUUCUCUGAUGAAGUCAACAUUACCUGAACUACUGUCAAGCUUAAGAUAACCAGUACUUUUUGCAAAGCUAACGCCGUAUGUCUUAUGUUUAAUGAGCUUUCUCUCUGCACGUUAAUGUGUAAUUUUCUAUGUGAUCAUUCCCUGAAGUGCAUUUUGAUUUAUUGACUACCAAAUUUGGUUUGGGUUGGAAUUGUUGCAGCCUUUGACUGGCCCUGGAUCGCCCCUUCUGUUUACUGUAUGCUGUACAGGUUUUGCUCCUCAGAAAUGCUUAAGCCAUUGCACUUGAUUAGUGGCAAUGAGAUGUGGUGGUUACACUGGACAACUGAAAAGCCCAAAUUGUGCUCUGUUAGUUCUACCACUCGCUCUCCGUGUGACUGUGGGCAAGGUGGUUGACCUCUGUGCCUUAUUUCAUCAUCUAGUAAGUGGGGAUAGCGUUCACACGCUCUGCCAAGCACUUUGAAGAGCUCUUGAUGUUGAAGGCACUGUCUAUUGAAGUGCAAAAUUCUCUUCCUGACAGGAUUCAGUCUAAGCUUAGGAGCCAGCGUAUAUUUAAAGUAUUAUUUUUUGUACUUUUGAGAGCAGAAUGUAAUGUUACUUUUAAUAUAUGUUAAAGCUGGUAAUUGUUUUUGUGGGGAAUUAAACAAUGAAUAGAAUCACUUCAGAGCAUAAUGAGCUAUAUAAAUGGGGCGUAUCGUGUUAAAAUUGUACAGCUAUUUUCGCUGACUAGAUUAGAUGUGUACAGAUUGUUUUCAAUGACUGACUGCUAACAAAAAAGAUUCGACAUCUUAAUAAAAUGUCAUGCCAGAAUACAUGCUUUGCAUUUUCAAGUUUGGCUACUGGUAACACCUCACCGUGUACUGGUGUGUUAAAAUCCAGAUAAAAUGCCACUGGUACUUAAAGCAACAUGCUCAAUCGUCACUUGAGGUUUAAAAUGUCAUACUUGUGAUUUACAUUGAUAUUUUAUGUUUUAACAAAUGAAAAAUGUAAAAAUUAAGGUGAAUUUAAAAGCAAAACAAAAGAUCUUUGUAUGUGCUUGGCUUAUAUGACUGCCCAGAGAGAGUCACUGCAUAAAAGCCUAGUGCGUAGAAUGAUAGAAUAAUUUAAGGUGGAAGGGACUUCCAGAGGCCACCUGGUCCAUCACCUUCCUCAAAGCAGGUACGCCUAGAUUAUGUCACUGUUGUCUGGUUGAGUUUUGAACGCUUCCAGGGAUGGAGAUUCACAACCUCUCUAGGCCACCAGUUCCAGUGUUUGACCAUCUUCGCGGUGAAAAAAAUGUUUCCUGUAUUUAACUGGAAUUUCCCAUGUUCCAGUUUGUGUUCGCUGCCUCUUGUCCUACUGCUGCGCCUCCAAGAAGUGUCUUCUCUACACCCUCCCAUUCGGUAGCUGAAGACAGCAGUAAGGUCCUCCCAAAGCCUUCUGCUCUCAAGGCCUGAACAAACCCAGCUUGCGCAACCUUUUCCGUCAUGUGCUGCAGCUCUUUAAUCGCCUUGGUGGACUUCUGCUGCCCUCAGUCCAGUAUGUCAAUGUCUGUCUUGUUCUGGGGAGCCCAAACUCUGGAUGACAUUCCUCGUUCAAGUCCAGGCUACUUGGCCAGCUCCUGACCGCAUGCUGCAGGAGUUUGGGUAAAUAUCUCCAUUUUUCCAAAGUACUAGAUCAGUUUUUAUAUAAAUGGAUCAUGAAAAGGGUAGACAGUGGGAAUAAGUCAAUGCCAAAAAAACCCCAAACCAUCCCACAGCAAAACUCUGUUUAGGCUUUUCACCUUUUCUUUCCUCUCAGAAUGGAGAAAUAAAAUUUGUAUACUUUCUGCCACCAAAGAGAACCAGCAUACUCUGCAGUUGUACUUGAGAAGCUCCAAGUCUUGAUGCUGUAAGAACAGAUGAAAAAAUACAGUAAAGCUUGUUACAACAUCUACGAAAAUCCUACUGAUUAAUUGUAUACAUUUAAGCUUACAAUAAAUAGUC